CGCCAUCCCCUCUCUGCCCCCUCCCAUCGCCCCCAGCUGCCCAGCCAUGGCCCUCGCCGACCAGGACGAGUCGGUGCGCAUCGCAGUGCGCGCCCUCGGUGACAUGCGAAAUAGCGCGCACGCCUCUUCGCCCUCCACUUCAUUCCAACCGACACCCGCGCUGUCUAUUACCUCCGGCACAUCGUCCCCAUCGCUCCCGUCCCCGUCCCUGAUGGGGCAGGAUCUGCGCGCGGAGGCGUCGAGCACGGAGGAGGACGAGGGCGGGCAGCCGCGCGCGCAGGGCGCCGGGGCGCUCGCGGAGGGCAGCGACGAGUGGAAGUCGCUCUCGCGCGUGUCGAACAUCCCGCUCGUGAACAGCGCGCUGCGCGCGUACGAGCAGAGCAAGGCGAGCUCGCGCGUCAUGAAGUACGGCGCGGAGAUGAUGGAGUCCUCCGUGAAGUCCAUCUCGCGGCCGGUGAUCGACCGCCUGCCUGUGGGGCAGCUGGACGACUUUGCGUGCAGGCAGCUGGACAGGCUUGGCAACUAUGCGCGGCGGGCAUCCAGUAGCAGUCGUUCCCGGAACGAUUCCCCAGAUCCGCGGAGGCCAUGGGAAGAGACAAGGGAUCGGGACGUGUCCAUGACCCGCGGCGACAGCGACCGGGCCCAGCGACCACGAGAAGAGGAUGGGAUGCGCGACGCCGACAGUAAGGGGCUCAGCAGGACGCCCACCCCACAUUCGUCUACCAGUUCCCAGCCCGAGAAGCCCGUCCUUCCCCCAGCUUCGACUUUGACACAACAUGCAGACGCACAGGAGAGCCAGCAGGUGGCGCAACGGAGCCGAUGGCAGGCCAUGAUGCUGGAAGCGGGCGGCCUGAGCGCCGCCAUCAGCGAGGAGAGCAUGCGACGGCUUAAAUACUGUUUGCAAUGGCUCCAGUACGCCACCGCGCAAAUCGACGCGCAGAUCCUCGUCCUUCGCAACUUCAUCACUUCGCUGCAGCAACACGGCGGCUCGCCACACGUCUCCGCGCAACAUCUACGAACACUACAGGCUGCGAAGCGGGAUGUUGUGGACACGAUCCGCCAGGUCGUCGAAGUCGUCAGUCGCUACGCGGGCGGGGCGCUCCCCGAACCCGCGCGUUCGCGCGUCCGCACAUUCAUUCUGUGCCUCCCGCGGCGGUGGGCGACGGCGUCCGGUGGUGAGGGUCCUGCGCUGGGUGCUGGGCCGGUGCACGAAGUCCGUGGGGAGAGCUCGGGGGCCGCAACCACUACUGGCAGGGGGCGGCAUCGCGCCACGGCCCCAUACAGUUAUGGGCCUGGAGAGGCGGGCCCGUCCCCGCGCUCACGUCCGGCUUCGCGCGCGACGUCCCCCGUGCGGGGUGCUGUCCGGGGCCAUGGACGCCAGACCAGCGGGAGUGCGGCCGCCGGGGCUGUGCCGACUGCAGAUUCUGCGACACAAGCGGCUCAGAAGAUCUUAACGUUGGCUACGGAAAGCCUGGAUAUGCUCCGGAGCGUGACGAGCGUGUUCAAGGAUAGCUUGGACCGAGCAGACAUCUGGGUCGAGCGGCUGCGCGUCGUCGGCCUGCAGCGCCAGCAAAAUCCGAACGCGGAAAUUGACCCCGAGAACGACCCGAUGCUCGACUUCCGGGACGCGCACCUCCCGCCCCUGCGCUCGCACACGCACUCACCGUCCACGCCGCUCUCCCCCUUCAUGCCUGGUGCCUCGCUCGCUCCCGGUACCGCGCCGAGCUCGGGCUACACGACUCCGUACUACACACACCUUCCGCGCUCCUCGUCGACGGGCUCCGUGUCGAGUCUCAAUCUGAACGUCCCCGCAUUCCCCGGUCCGCUAAGCAUGGGCCCGUACGACGCGCCGUCCCCCAGCAUGAGCUUCGACAAGCUGUCGCUGUCGUCCGCGCACUCCGCCGCGGGCUCGCGCUUCACGACGCCGAAGAGCGUGCUGCUCGGGUUGCCGCCGGAGGGCGAGCCUGGCGGAGGCGGGGGAGGGACGCGUGGCGAGAAGCGGCGGAGCGUUGCCGACGAGAGCGAUGCGGCGGUCCUUGCUGCAACCGCGCUGGCGGGUAUGGCGGGGUCGGCGGGUGUGGGUGGAGGUAGCGGUGCGGCGGGGCUGCCGCUAAAACGCGUGAAGCAGGAGGAGCGGGAGGUUAAGAUGGACGUCGACGGAUAAUGACUAGAGAGGCCGCGCGCGCAUCGGGGGGUCCACGACGAGUCCUAUGAACGGGAUAUAUACGAUGACGCGCCGGCUUCUUCUUCCUCGGGCUUUCUACACCUCCGAUGGUCCGGCUGCGUAUCCGGGACGCGUGCGUCAUGCGUUAUGACUUGUAUGUGCCCGCGCGACGCGGUCCUCUGCGAGCACCUUGCAAGCAGACGUCAGCGGCUCUUCUCUUUCCCUAGCGGUUCUCUCUCCUUCGCUGCACUCACAUACUCUCUGGCGGGGACACACACGCACCCUGGACGAUCUCGAUCUUUGUUUUUCCCGACAAUCCAUUCGUCCGACGUCCAGUGACCACUCGCGGCGGAAUACGCUCAUCAUCAUAUGGCCAUCAGUCAUAGGGCUGGUGGCCCUCCUCCCUCCUCCCCUUUCCAAUUGAUUCUUCCCCCAGCGUCUUCCGCUCCACCUACUCAUCC